ACGCCGUGACGAACGAAAAAUCGGAUGGCCCGCGAACCCCCUCCGCGGGCGACAAAGAAUUCGUCGUCGUGCGAUUUUACCCUACUACAAAUUUCUACAUCGCACCACCACCCUCGGGCCACUCCUCCGACAUGCUCGCGCGCAGCUAGAGGGCGUCGCAGCAGAAGAAGCAGCCGCAGCAGAAGCAGGAGGCAGCAUCAGAUGACAACGCUUCGGUCGGUACCAAGACGCCCGAUCCGUGCAUCAUCGCGGACCGACCUCGCAAGGCAGAGACGCGAAUCGCCCCUCGAUUCUCUAAGCGUUCCGGGGACCAUCAUGUCGUCGAGGGCGAGGAGUGAGCGCCCGCGGGGGGCGGGGGGCGGGGCAUUCGACGAGCAAGAGGCCGCGGAGCGUCGGAAGAAGCGGCCGAAGAAUCCGGACAUCGUCUUUCGUAACGCUUGCGGACGAUGAUCGGGCCCCGCGAAGAAGAAACGCCGACGCUGGCAAUAGGUCGCACGCCAGAAAGAGCGGGAGGCGAGCCGGUCGGUUUCAACGUCCCAGGCUCUGCCAUAAUGUCCGGCUUCACAUUGCCCCCUUCAUCUCACUUCCCUUCCCUUCCGGAGGCUUCGAUGGCCCCAGGACUCGGAUCCAGGCUUCGAUCACUUUGCUCGUUCAUAUGGCGAACUUCUUCGGCUCACUCGAUCUCGAACUUCGUCUUCGGACGUGCAUUUUGCCAUGGACCCUACACAUGGAUCCUUUUAUGUUAAUAACGAAGUAUAGGUAAUAAAUUUACAUACAUUAAUUAUAGGUUAACUUUCUCAUUUUCUGG